UGUGAGAAAGUCACAUAAAAUUAAUGUAUUCUGAAAAUCGUAACCUGUAUUUGUAUGAAAGCUAAACCAACAAUUGACAAAAGCAGACAUAGUGGUCAGUAUUUUAAAAUCACGCUUCUCAAUCAUUAUUUUUAUUCCUGAAAUCGUCAGGUGAACCAUACUGAAGCUGUUGUCACACUACAAUAUUUGCACAAUGCAGUAUUUCUGUCUGUCCCUAAAAGCACUUUCCUAUGUUCAGGUAAUUAACAUUAUAAUCAAUAAGUUUAUGAAAAAAUUUAAUUGUUCACUUGGUGAAUGUACCAUUUUAAAAACAAAAACUCUUUGCAUAUUGCUUCAGAAUGUUUUUGUAUUUGUUUUGCCUUAAAUUUAGCUAUCUUGUGCAGGGAUAUUCUCAAUAUGAUAACCAAAUGAGAUCUUGUUUGUACAUUUCCUUCAUACACUUCCUAUCAGUUAGAACCAUUCACAGAGUAAAGGUGCAGCCAAAAAGCUUGCACCUCUCCAACAUCGCAGGAACACUUGCUGAAACCCCUGGCUGUAUCUCAAACAUAUUGUCCCCCAUGUAUUCCAGUGUUUUUGUAAAUCUGUUAAAUCUGUCUUAUCUUCUCCUUAUCGGCUAAAUGUCUGCGUGUAUUGCUGUUGUACUGUAAUGGUAACUGUACAAUUAUUUGAAACACACAUAGGCUAAUAUUCAAAAGUAUCUGUGAGUAUAACAAUGUAGCUAUACUGUGUAAUAUCAGAUAUGUACACACACGUAGGCCACUGUACAUGUGAUUUGUUGCUUGACGACAAUAGAUAAAUAUACCGACAAACAUAUGAGAAAAAUACUCUUAUUUUUUCAAUGUAUUCUUGAAUUGUUUAUUGUUGUUAUUACUUUGCUGUGUAUUAAACAAUCAGUAUAUUUUGGAUUCAACAUUGUACAAAGUUUGGUUUAAUUCGUUUCACUCUGUGCGGUCUUUGGUGUAAAAUUGUUUGCCUGUAGCCAAAGUGUGCUGUUGCUUUAACAAUGUGUCGCUUGUUUAUUACGCCAUCAAAGUACGCAAUGGUGUCUGGCUAAACAGAUCAUAUGGUUCAAGGGAAGUCAAGAGAACUGUGCGGAAGAGAAUUUUGCUUGCAAUAAAUUCAAUAAUUAAUCGUUAUCUUUAUUCUUUCAGUAUUUGUUAUUCUCAUACGGUCUAUGGUUAUUCCGCAUUGAAGAUGAAUAGUGUUGGAGAGGGCUGCACUGACCUAAAACGGGAAUAUGACCAGUGCUUUAACCGUUGGUUUGCUGAGAAAUUCUUGAAGGGAGAUCGAAGCGGUGAUCCCUGUACCGAAAUGUUCAAGAAAUAUCAGCAUUGUGUCCAGAAGGCCAUAAAAGAAAAGGACAUUCCCAUUGAUGGCGUAGAAUUCAUGGGCCCAAAUAAAGAGAAAGGUGACAGAUGAGAUGGAUCUCCCCAACAACGUUGCCUUGUGACUCACUGGCAUCGCUUACUGGGCAUGCAAUGGAACAUGAACAGGGUGUCCACCAAUUUAGCUUGAAUUGGGUUUUGUUUGAGGUCGUUGUCCUCGUGUGGAGACUAAAGAGCAUUCAUAUGAAGGAUCCAAAGUGCUGAAUGACAAUUGGGAUUGGAUUUUGGGUAUUGAUUACAAAAGGAACCUAUGAAUCCAGACAUUUGGGUCAGACCAAAACAUCCAUGGUCACAAGAUGAAUGUGGUGGGCACUUCAGAUGAUCAUUAUAAAAUUAUGAUGCUUUGCAAAGAGUUUUAUUGAACUUUUUAAAUUCUGGAAUUGUCAAUGUCUUAGUGUCCUGGCAUAAUGUCCCUCAAGACAACUGAAGAGGGCAUCAAUGUGGAUGCAUUGGACUUGGUUCAUACUGUACAAGAUUAGAAGUUUUGUGGGUCUCUGCUCCAAGUUAUUUUUUUUUCCUGGAAUGUGUUUAGUUCAGUGAUGCAACGUAAUGUGAUUAACAUAUACAUUGACAAAGCAAUAAAUAGAAUAAUCAUGUUUCAUUA